AUGGUUGGAGGCGCAGUUAUUCCACCAUCUUCAUCCAAUCGCAAGUAUCUCAAAGGUCGUCAGCUUAUUUUUCCUUUGGGUCUAGCCAGUUCACUGUUCUUUCUUUGGGGUUUCUCAUAUGGUCUUCUCGAUGUCUUAAAUAAGCAUUUUCAAAAUGUGCUCAAAGUUACAAAGCUUGAAUCUACUGGAUUACAAAUUGUCUAUUUUGGUGGUGGUUACUUUUGCUUCUCACCGAUCGCUGCCGAAUUGCUUAAACGUAAAGGUUACAAGAUUACAAUUAUCACAGGUUUGGUACUGUUCGCCUUAGGUGCUAUUUUUUUCUGGCCAACUGCUCAUUUUUCUAAUCCAACUAAAGGGAAACAAGCUUUUGGAGGGUUUAUCGUUUGCACAUUUGUCAUUUCUUGUGGUCUUGGUACACUAGAAACUGCAGCGAACUCGUACACUGCAAUGAUUGGUGAUCCACAAUCGGCUGCUAUUCGUUUACAAUUUUGUGCAUCAUGGAAUGGGGUAGCAUCAUUUAUCGGUCCACUCAUUGCCUCUAAACUCUUCUUCUCAGGUGAACAUGCUACUAAUCUUGGUAACGUCAAAUACGUCUAUAUAACUGUUGCCUGUAGUGCAGCGUUACUAGCUAUUGUUUUUUUCUUCUCGAAAUUACCUGAAAUCGUUACAGACGAUGAAGAUUCUACUGACGUCACGGAUCAAGCCAAUAGUCAAAUUAAACCAUUGUGGAAACAAUAUAACAUGAUUUUUGGAUUUCUAGCACAAUUUUGCUAUGUUGGCGCUCAGGUCACAAUUGCCUCCUUUUUUAUCAACUAUGCUACUGAAAAUGCUGAUUUUACGGAUUCUCAAGCAUCAAAACUUUUAUCCUAUGCUCUCAUUACAUUCACUGUUAGUCGCUUUAUUGGUAUUAUACUAUCUCAUUUCUUUCAAGCUGAUUUGAUUCUCCUCAUAUAUUCUGUAAUUAGUAUUGUCCUUACAAUUUACGUAUCUGUUGGUUAUGGUCGUUCUGCUGUCAUUCUUCUUAUGUCAAUAUAUUUCUUUGAAUCCCUUAUGUUUCCAACUAUUUUUGCAAUGGGAACAGCUAAUCUCGGCCGCCAUGCGCGUCGUGGAGCUGGUAUUCUUAUUAUGGGAGUCUCCGGUGGUGCUGUCUUUCCUCCAAUUCAGGGUGUAAUAGCUGAUGCACAUUCUACUCGUAUCUCGUUUCUGGUGCCAAUGAUUGGUUUUAUUGUUGUCUUAGCUUAUGCACUCUUUCAUUGGAUCAAACAUGGCUUCAAAGUGAGAUGUGUACGUUCAACUGUCGAUAACAUCAUGGAAGUUCAGCCUAAAUUAACACAUGUAUCGCAACCUACAGAUAUAGUAAAUCAUAUUUCGAGAUCAACACCGAUUCCUCCAGCACCUAAAACAUAUGUUAGAGAAAAUACGAAUGGAACUGUUAUUACAACAGAGUAUCUCUAA